AUGCCUGCACAUUAUGCACCGCUACCAACCCAGCAGUCAUUGCGAGAUGCUGAUCGUGAACUCAAUGACGCCUUUGAGUCCGAUGGCGAUGAUGAAGAUUACAUUGAACGCCCACCAUCCAAUCACCAGCGCGCUGAUACCCUUUCCUACGUCGCAGAUCCCCCAAAAAGCACGUCAUGCAGUACAACAAUUCCUGGAACAUAUGACUUUGAGCGGAAUUACGAUUACGACCGCCCGCCCCCUGGUUCUCCCCCGCAGCUUCUAGCAACUGCUUUGCCCAACGAUAUAGGCAAUUCAAAUGGCGAAUUACCAACAUCUCCUUUAGGGACGACAUUACCUCGACCAUCAUUCUUGCGCAGGGCAGUUGGGGCCAUCUUACCUACUCACUACGUCCGCGUACCGACCCAUGAACCGCCCACUGGGGUGAGGGGUGGAGGGAUACAGAAUGAUGGAGUGUUCUCAAAUGUCGUCGUCAAACCCGUAUCCUCGGUACCAAUACAAGCUGAGGAUGGCACCGUCUACAUAGUCCCUGAGGAGACGCAGAACACUGCUCCACCCUCUUAUGCGGCAGCCCAAGCAGAUACUGUUCCCCCGUAUUGGGAUACAAUUGUGCACGCUCCUUCUGGAAUGGAUACCGAUGCUGGGAUGAUCGUUGGCGAUCUUCCCUCGGGCUCUAUCCUCGCAUUCAUUUCGAACCUCUUCUUUGGCUCGAGAGCUGGCCUUGGACUAACAUUGAUUCAAUAUGGCUUUUACUCUCGUUCUGCGACAGAUAACAUACUUCCCACGCCUGAUGACAAGGGCGCUCCUGAUGUCCUCAUGCUAUCCGCCCCGCCUUCACCUUCGGCUCCCAUGCCUCAGGACAAUACUGUUGUUCUCAGCAUGUCUUCACGAGAGUGGCUAUCGUUUCUUUUAAUGACUCUCGGUUGGUUUUUGCUCCUUUCCUCUUUGGUCGGUUUCUGGCGUGUGAAGAAUUGGGAAUCUGCCAUCCGCGCCUCAAAUGCACACGAACCCCAAUCACCUGAGGAUAUCGCUCGUGACAUCGCGGCGAGGAGAAAUAUUGAGCAGGCGUUCAAUAUCGCACCGCUUGAAGAGAGUGAACACACGUCUCUCGGCUCGCCCUUUAUAGUCGCGACGCAACAGGAGCCUGCAGAACCAAAUUUGCGUGCUGCACAUCUAUUGUGA